AUGUGGAAGAGGUUAGGCGAUAGGCUAGGGAUUGAAAAGGUACCAGGGUUUAUAGGAGUGACAUUAACAGUGCAUCUCUCCUCCCCAGGCCCAGUGGUGCAGCAUGUGAUGACCCACACCUGGAACAAAGGUUCCCUCAGCCAGAGCCGCAGCACAGGGUGGCGGGAACACUGCCCCCAUAGGCCACAUGGUGAGACCAUGGGUGGGGCCUGGCCUGAGCGCACGCUGCGAUUUGGCAGGACCAUGAAGAAGCGCGGGACCAAGCGAGGAAGGGGAGGGGUUAAAGAGAUGAUGGACAAGAGGGAGAAGACUCCGGAGCGGAAUAGGAGGCGAAGCAGGAAAUCAUAUCCCUUACGAGGAAGGGGAGGGGCUUCAGAGGAAGAGGGACUUAGCUGUCACGUUUUACUCACCCGGUUGGAGGAGGACAUCCGGGAGCAGGAGGACACCAGUGAGAGGGGGAAUGAUUCGCCCAGCCAACCGCCGGUCAAACCUGAAUCCCGGUGCAAGAAACUGGGCAAAGGAAAAGGCAAGGCCAAGGGGAAACUCCUGGCGAAGAAGAUGAUACCCAAAACUAAAUCAAAAACCACCAGUGAUGUGCAGGAGUCGCCGUUUCCAGAGCCACGUAAGCGACGGCUAGCUUCUCUCAACGCUGAGGCGGUGAACAGUCUACUGUUGGAGAGACCCAACGAGACCCAGCUGGCUGCCAAACAGGCCAGGAGACAGCAGGAGGAGCCCUCCAGCGGUGAGUCAACCCUGGGGACAGAUCCAGCUAGGGGAGGGGUGGCUGGAGGUCCUAAAGCUCCAAGAGCCAGCAGCAGCAAGGCCUCCACAUCGCACAAGCCUGAACUGUGUCGACGCUCCAAAAAAGCCAAGAAAGUCUCCAAGAAACUGGCCAAACCAGACAGAGGAGAGAAGAAAGAGACAGGGAUGAUGACUCUACAGAUGUUACACGCCCCUGCUCCUCGGCGGCUAGCCGGACUCAACGCUGCUGCGCUGCUAAAGUUAACGAGCACCUCCGCGACUAGCAAACAGCGAGUGAAAACAACAUCAACUACGACGACCGACUGCAAGACUACGAGCGCCGCAUCAGUUGAUGUGACGCAGAAGCAACCGCGACUGAAUCUUAAACAGUGUGGCCGCCAGCCUAAGCCGAAGGGAAGGAAGUUGAUUCCAGAACAGGGAGGCUGUUCAGCCUGCAAGAAGUCCAACUUUGAGCCCAAAGUGGAGUGGGAGUCUGGAGGUUGCACCCAUCGGCUAACCAAACCAGGCUACCAGUCGUGCAGCAUGCUAGCCUACCCGCUGAAGCCUGUUGUCAAAGAGGAGCAGGUGGAGGCAGAGCUGAGCCCGUACUACUGCUGCCCUCCAGAGGGCUCUGUGGAGUACUGCCACCGCCUAGCAUUGUUCCUGGGUCAGAAGGCCUAUGCCGACUCAGAAGAACGACCUUUAAACUCUGCCAUGACCUCUGUGAAGCAGGAGUGCCUGGUGACAUCGCCCUCCAUGGCCCACCCUCACUCCCAUGCAGCCCUGACCCUCAGCCCCCACCCCUGUCUCUGCACCGCUGACCCCGCCUGCUUCUCCAGCUACUACGUCCACAUCGCACACCCCGGAGCAACGUCGACCACCCUCAGCUCGCGACCUCUGAACUUUGGCCCCUCGACAAUGUGUCCCGGCAGGGUGUCUGGCUCCAAGCUGCUGGGUCCUCCGGUGUCCCACACCUCGACGCUGGCCCAACCUGCCUUCUGUGGCUCAGUGGGCUCGCCCUGCUACAGCGAGGCCUGCCGGGUCAGCGGCUACACCUACAGAGCCAUGCAGCCGGUCAACAGCAGGCGGUGUUCUUUCUCCACAGGCUGCUCCGGGUUAACACACGGCAUCAAGACAGGUAAGACAGGUAUGCCUACUGACUAGGCCCUAUAUGCUGAUUUAAAUGUUUCAGCAUAGACCAGCCUUCGUUGUUUUUUCGCUGGUGACCAGCCUUUGUUGUGCUUUUGCUGGGGACCAGCCUUUGCUGUGUUUUCACAAGUGACCAGCCUUCGUUGUGGUUUUGAUGGGUACCAUAAAUUAGCAUAUUUGGGGAGCAUGGUCUAAUCAGGGUUUCCGUUAGUAAAAUGUGGUGGCGGACAACGUCACAGGGAAGAUUUUAAUUUACAGGCUAUUUCAGAAAUUUACCGGACACAUAUGCAUUUACUGGAUCCAUAUGUAACCCAUUAGGGCGUCCACCCACGGUGCUCAGAAUGAAAGAAAUCACAUUUCGACUAUGGUAAUUAAUCUUAACCGAACAUGCAACUCCUGUAAUGAAGCAGCCAAUAAAAAGUCAUUUUCAAACAUUUGCCAAAAUGUUAAAACAGCGCACUUGAUGAGAGUGGUUCCAAAUGUGACAGAGAUUAAAAUCCCUGUUAGAGUUUCAAGUUUGGAGAACCUUACAAUUUAUCCUACAAUUUCUACCGAUCUGCCAGUUAUGAUGUUCAUAUGCGCAUUUCCGUGGAACAUUUUCAUUUAAAUAAUAACGUUUUCUCUAACUCUGUCACAUGGUUAAUCAUAAAAAUCUGAAUUAAAAUGGUAAACUAAUGUAAGAGCACCAGCCUCAGCCAUAUGGACGCAUUGAUACACCGUGAUCCAUUGGCGGCUAAAGAAAUGAGUGCAUGGAACUCAUAGCCUUUAGGUCAAUGCAGCAGUGGGCCUAUAACUUCCAUUGUCAACUAAGUCAAAAUACAUAAAGCCGACAAAUAAAACCAGUAGAAAAUAAGAUAAAUUCAGGCUCUUUCAAUUUCAUUAAUCUCUCUUCUCAGCCUGUCUGCCUCCCUUUCUAUAUGUCUUGAGAUACUAUUUCUAUCAAUUCCUCAUUACAUAUGUUUACUACUGGUGACAUACAGUGCCUUGCAAAAGUAUUCAUCCCCCUUGGCGUGUUUCCUAUUUUGUUGCAUUACAACCUGUAAUUGAAAUUGAUUUUUAUUUGCAUUUCAUGUAAUGGACAUACACAAAAUAGUCCAAAUUGUAGUCCAAAUUGGUAUAACGGAAAAGUGGUGCGUGCAUAUGUAUUCACCCCCUUUGCAAUGAAGCACCUAAAUAAGAUCUGGUGCAACCAAUUACCUUCAGAAGUCACAUAAUUAGUUAAAUAAAGUCCACCUGUGUGCAAUCUAAGUGUCAUAUGAUCUGUCACAUGAUCUCAGUAUAUAUACACCUGUUCUGAAAGGCCCCAGAGUCUGAAACACCACUAGGCAAGGGACACCACUAAGCAAGCGGCACCAUGAAGACCAAGGAGCUCUCCAAACAGGUCAGGGACAAAGAUGUGGAGAAGUACAGAUCAGGGUUGGGUUAUAAAAAAAUAUCAGAAACUUUGAACAUCCCACGGAGCACCAUUAAAUCCAUUAUUAAAAAAUUGAAAGAAUAUGGCACCACAACAAACCUCCCAAGAGAGGGCCGCCCACCAAAACUCACGGACCAGGCAAGGAGGGCAUUAAUCAGAGAGGCAACAAAGAGACCAAAGAUAACCCUGAAGGAGCUGCAAAGCUCCACAGCGGAGAUUGGAGUAUCUGUCCAUAGGACCACUUUAAGCUGUACACUCCACAGAGCUGGGCUUUACGGAAGAGUGGCCAGAAAAAAGCCAUUGCUUAAAGAAAAAAAUAAGCACACACAUUUGGUGUUUGCCAAAAGGCAUGUGGGAGACUCCCCAAACAUAUGGAAGAAGGUACUCUGGUCAGAUGAGACUAAAAUUGAACUUUUUGGCCAUCAAGGAAAACACUAUGUCUGGCGCAAACCCAACACCUCUCAUCACCUGAGAACACCAUCCCCACAGUGAAGCAUGGUGGUGGCAGCAUCAUGCUGUGGGGAUGUUUUUCAUCGGCAGGGACUGGGAAACUGGUCCGAAUUGAAGGAAUGAUGGAUGGCGCUAAAAUACAGGGAAAUUCUUGAGGGAAACCUGUUUCAGUCUUCCAGAGAUUUGAGACUGGGACGGAGGUUCACCUUCCAGCAGGACAAUGACCCUAAGCAUACUGCUAAAGCAACACUUGAGUGGUUUAAGGGGAAACAUUUAAAUGUCUUGAAAUGGCCUAGUCAAAGCCCAGACCUUAAUCCAAUUGAGAAUCUGUGGUAUGACAUAAAGAUUGCUGUACACCAGCGGAACCCAUCCAACUUGAAGGAGCUGGAGCAGUUUUUCCUUGAAGAAUAGUUAUGCACGCGCAAGUUUUCAGUAUUUUUUUGUCUUAUUUCUUGUUUGUUUCACAAUAAAAAAUAUUUUGCAUCUUCAAAGUGGUAGGCAUGUUGCGUAAAUGAUACCAACCCCCAAAAAAUCCAUUUUAAUUCCAGGUUGUAAGGCAACAAAAUAGGAAAAAUGCCAAGGGGGGUGAAUACUUUCGCAAGGCACUAUGUAAUGGGGAAUUUAUCAAAAUAAACAAUCAAAGGGCAAACAAUUCACACAAUGAAACAAUGAAUGCGCAAGAUUUGACAACUCAAUAAUCAGCUAGGCCUAUUGCCAUUUAGGGCUCCCGAGUGGCGCAGCGGUCUAAGGCACUGCAUCUCAGUGCUUGAGGCGUCACUACAGACCCCCUGGUUCGAUUCCAGGCUGUAUCACAACUGGCCGUGAUUGGGAGUCCCAUAGGGCGGCGCACUCGGGAGCCCCGGCGCGCAGGUGUAGGCCAUCAUUGUAAAUAAGAAUUUGUUCUUAACUGACUUGCCUAGUUAAAUAAAGGUAAACAAUUAAAUAAAGAAAUAUGCUCUGUCAAAAUUGUGAGCUUUCCAAAUAGGCAAGUUUGUGAUUUGAAACAAUCCGCAGCUAUAAAAAAUAAAAAAAAUCGAUUGAUUCUCAAUUCCUCUGUGGCUAUGUCAUGCUUUCUGGUGAAGUAUUUUGAGGUAUUUUAUUUAUUUCUGUAAAGACAGGAGUAAUUGUAUAAUUUUGGCAAAUUUAUUUCAAUUUACUUCCCUAGCAUAUUCGACGUGCCGCCACUGAAAGACUUCCUCAUAUGCCAUUUCUCUCCUGUUCUAUUGGUUUUUAUAUAAACUUUAUUUUGUUGUCCAGAAGCCAAAGGCACAAUCUUAGUCAUAUUAAUUUCCGUAGAUUUUCAAGCCAAUUGAAGUCAAAACUAUAACUAUGCCACUCAGGAACAUUCAAUGUUGUUUUGGUAUGCAACUCCAGUAUAGAUUUGGCCUUGUGUUUUAGGUUAUUGUCCUGCUGAAAGGUUAAUUUGUCUCACAGUGUCUGAUGGAAAUCAGACUGAACCAGGUUUUCCUUUAGGAUUUUGCCUGUGCUAAGCUCUAUUCCGUUUCUUUUUAUCCUAAAAAACUCCCUAGUCCUUGCAGAUGGCAAGCGUACCCAUAUCAUGAUGCAGCCACCAAUAUACUUGAAAAUAUGAAAAGUGGUACUCAGUGAUGUGUUGGAUUUGCCACAAACAUAACGCUUUGUAUUCAGGACAUAAAGUUAAUUUCUUUGCCACAUUUUUUGCAGUUUUCCUUUAGUGCCUUUCACUCUGUCAUUUAGUUUAGUAUUGUGGAGUAACUACAAUGUUGUUGAUCCAUCCUCAGUUUUCUCCAAUAACUGUUUUAAAGUCACCAUUGGCCUCAUGGUGAAAUCCAUGAGCGGUUUCCUUCCUCUCCGGCAACUGAGUUAGGAAGGACGCCUGUGUCUUUGUAGUGACUGGGUGUAUUGAUACACCAUCCAAAGUGUAAUUAAUAACUUCACCAUACUCAAAGGGAUAUUCAAUGUCUGCUUUUUCUAUUUUUACCAAUCUACCAAUAUAUGCUCUUAUUUGGAAAACCUCCCUGGUGUUUGUGGUUGAAUCUGUGUUUGAAAUUCACUGCUCAACUGAGUCCAUGCAAUUUAUUAUGUGACUUGUUAAGCACAUUUUUACUCCUAAAGUUAUUUAGGCUUGCCACAACAAUGGGGUUGAAUACUUAUUGACAUUUUAGCUUUUCAUUUUUUAUUAAUUUGUAACAAUUUCUAAAAACAUAAUUCCACUUUGACAUUUUGGGGUAUUGUGUGUAGGCCAGUUACCCAAAAUCUCAAUGUAAUACCUUUUUUCAUUCAGACUGUAACACAACAAUAUGUGGAAAAAGUCAAUGGGUGUGAAUAGGCCUGCUUUCUGAAGGCACUGUACGUAGAAUCUAAAUGGGUUCCCCUACAGGGACAAAACGAAGGUUCUACAUGGCACUCAAAAGGGUUCCCCCAUAGGGACAAAUGAUUGGAACCAAUAGACAUUCUAUCUUUUAACAAUCUUUAUCGUACCCACUGAUACAGUGGUGAAGCAGGAAAUUCAGGUCGCUGGCAACCGAGACGUUCAGUUCAAAUCCCAAGUGAGGUUGACUCCCAAGUUAUUAGAAUUUUGCUGGUAUGCAAAACCACGCCCAUCAUAAUCAUAUUUCCCAGCAUGCUCUAUUGCAGUUUGCUUUUUAGAAUUGUUUGUUUCAGUAUCUGUGGUUUUGCAUGUACAGGGAGGGACAAAAGUAUUUGAUCCCCUGCUGAUUUUGUACGUUUGCCCACUGACAAAGACAUGAUCAGUCUAUAAUUUUAAUGGUAGGUUUAUUUGAACAGUGAGAGACAGAAUAACACCACAAAAAUCCAGAAAAAUGCAUGUAAAAAAUGUUAUAAAUUGAUUUGCAUUUUAAUGAGGGAAAUAAGUAUUUGACCCCUCUGCAAAACAUGACUUAGUACUUGGUGGCAAAACCCUUGUUGGCAAUCACAGUGGUCAGAUGUUUCUUGUAGUUGGCCACCAGGUUUGCACACAUCUCAGGAGGGAUUUUGUUCCACUCCUCUUUGCAGAUCUUCUCCAAGUCAUGAAGGUUUCGAGGCUGACGUUUGGCAACUCGAACCUUCAGCUCGCUCCAAAGAUUUUCUAUGGGAUUAAGGUCUGGAGACUGGCUAGGCCACUCCAGGACCUUAAUGUGCUUCUUCUUGAGCCACUCCUUUGUUGCCUUGGCCGUGUGUUUUGGGUCAUUGUCAUGCUGGAAUACCCAUCCACGACCCAUUUUCAAUGCACUGGCUGAGGGAAGGAGGUUAUCACCCAAGAUUUGACGGUACAUGGCCCGUCCAUCGUCCCCUUUGAUGCGGUGAAGUUGUCCUGUCCCCUUAGUAGAAAAACACCCCCAAAGCAUAAUGUUUCCACCUCCAUGUCUGAUGGUGGGGAUGGUGUUCUUGGGGUCAUAGGCAGCAUUCCUCCUCAUCCAAACACAGCGAGUUGAGUUGAUUCCCAAGAGCUCGAUUUUGGUCUCAUCUGACAACACUUUCACCCAGUUCUCCUCUCAAUCAUUCAGAUGUUUAUUGGCAAACUUCAGACGGCCCUGUAUAUGUGCUUUCUUGAGCAGGGGGACCUUGCGGGCGCUGCAGGAUUUCAGUCCUUCACGGCGUAGUGUGUUACCAAUUGUUUUCUUGGUGACUAUGGUUCCAGCUGCCUUGAGAUCAUUGACAAGAUCCUCCCGUGUAGUUCUGAAUGAUUCAAAUCAAAUCAAAUUUUAUUGGCCACAUGCGCUGAAUACAACAGGUGCAGACAUUACAGUGAAAUGCUUACUUACAGCCCUUAACCAACAGUGCAUUUAUUUUUAUCAAAAAAGUAAAAAUAAAACAACAACAACAAAAAAAGUGUUGAGAAAAAAAGAGCAGAAGUAAAAUAAAAUAACAGUAGGGAGGCUAUAUAUACAGGGGGGUACCGGUGCAGAGUCAAUGUGCGGGGGCACCGGCUAGUUGAGGUAGUUGAAGUAAUAUGUACAUGUGGGUAGAGUUAAAGUGACUAUGCAUAAAUAAUUAACAGAGUAGCAGCAGCGUAAAAGGAUGGGGUGGGGGGGCAGUGCAAAUAGUCCGGGUAGCCAUGAUUAGCUGUUCAGGAGUCUUAUGGCUUGGGGGUAGAAGCUGUUGAGAAGUCUUUUGGACCUAGACUUGGCACUCCGGUACCGCUUGCCGUGCGGUUGCAGACAGAACAGUCUAUGACUAGGGUGGCUGGAGUCCUCACCGUUCUCAUGAUCAUUGCAACUCCACGAGGUGAGAUCUUGCAUGGAGCCCCAGGCCGAGGGAGAUUGACAGGUAUUUUGUGUUUCUUCCAUUUGCGAAUAAUCGCACCAACUGUUGUCACCUUCUCACCAAGCUGCUUGGCGAUGGUCUUGUAGCCCAUUCCAGCCUUGUGUAGGUCUUCAAUCUUGUCCCUGACAUCCUUGGAGAGCUCUUUGGUCUUGGCCAUGGUGGAGAGUUUGGAAUCUGAUUGAUUGAUUGCUUCUGUGGACAGGUGUCUUUUAUACAGGUAACAAACUGAGAUUAGGAGCACUCCCUUUAAGAGUGUGCUCCUAAUCUCAGCUCGUUACCUGUAUAAAAGACACCUGGGAGCCAGAAAUAUUUCUGAUUGAGAGGGGGUCAAAUACUUAAUUUCCCUCAUUAAAAUGCAAAUCAAUUUAACAUUUUUGAUAUGCGUUUUUCUGGAUUUUUUUGUUGUUAUUCUGUCUCACACUGUUCAAAUAAACCUACCAUUAAAAUUCUAGACUGAUAAUUUCUUUGUCAGUGGGCAAACGUACAAAAUCAGCAGGGGAUCAAAUACUUUUUUCCCUCACUGUACAUUGAUUGAUUAAUUAAUCUAUUGAUAUAUCUUAUGCUAUACAAAGAUAAAUAACAUACAUAUUUCUAAACUAAUCCAAUCUGUUAGUUGGUUGUUCCAGUUUAGAUGGUUCAGGUAGUCUCAUUUAUUCAUUUUUCUAACCCUGGCAGUCAUUCUGAAUGCAGAUUAUGGGAAUCCACUCUGGCUGAAUUCCAAUAGGAGUUAAACCUCACUUUUCAAGCCAGCAUAAUGUGAUUUGAUGCUGGUUUUGCUUUAGCUUAUGCUGGUCACCAGCGAAAACACAACGAAGGCUGGUCACCAGCGAAAACACAACGAAGGCUGGUCCGCCAGAAUAACCAGCUAGAGCAUGCUGGUCAGACCAGCUUGACCGUGCUGGUCUGCUAGCAGAACCAGUUUGAAAUGUAUGCUGGUCUAUGCUGUUUUUUUCAGCAGGGCUGUUCUUCCUCCCUUCUCUCUUUCUCUCUCUCUCUCUCUCUCCCUCUCCAGAGGGUUACUCCUCCCCCAAAGGCGACCACAGCCCCUCCCUCCUGGUCUCCCCCUCCCUCCCCCUCUCGGGCUGCCCCCUCCCCACCACCCCCUCCUCCACCCAGGCCAAGCCCCAUCUCCUCACCCCCCUGUCUGACCGCAGCGUGCCCCAGGCUAGACUGAAGCUGGCCAGGGAGUGCCCUCAGAGCACCAAGCCACCUAACGGCUAUCUGUCCAUGGGGAGAACCAGCCUGUCGCAGAAACAGCCAGCCCCGACACCCUGCUUGUCCCCCGCCAAGCAGAAGAGGGUCAGCCACCGACGGGCCACCAACGGGUGGCUGCCUGUAGGAGUGCCCACGGAGAAAGAAGUGUUCAUUGCGGUGGGUUGGAUCAAGAGUUUGUGUGUGUAUGUGUUGAGGUACUGACAAUUUUCUUCCCUCAUACUACCAUGGCAACCUGACCAUUCCUAGCUUUCAAUUGGUUUAUUGUUGUUAACCCUAUCAGUCCAGAGACCUCAGCAAAAAUGAACAUUUCAUUUAUCUGACUUUCAUUUAUCUGCAUGUCCAGCCCUUGUAUUUAGCCUCACAAUUAAGUGUUAUACCAUUUUCUUUUCAGGACAACCAGGGCUACAAGUAGAACACAAAACAAUUUGACAAAAACAGCUGUAUUCAUUAGUUUUAUUGACAAAUGUCACAUCAACAAAAAAAGAUCAGCCUAAGCAAAAACCUGAUAAAAAUGGAUUUAUAUGAAUGCUGUAAGUACAGAAAUGAUUUGCUCACUGGGUAAUGAAUAUCCAACUACUCAGUAACAACUGUGUGGAGUUUGGCGUUUGUGACAGCAACUAUGUGAGCUUAUUACAGUAUUAUAGACACUAUGUCCUGGGAUUUCCUAUCUUCUAUGUUGAAAAACCCCUUACCUUCUAACGACUCUUGUGUAGCUUGUGAAAGUCCUAGAGCAAAACAUGUUACGUAUUCGUGUUCGUGAGAGUCUCAGCUUUUCAUAGAUACAGUGCAUUCAGAAAGUAUUCAGACCCCUUCUCUUUUUCUACAUUUUGUUACGUUACAGCCUUAUUCUAAAAUUGAUUAAAUAAACAAGAUUCCUCUUCAAUCUACACACAAUACCCCAUAAUGACAAAAUAUAUUUUUGCUAAUGUAUUAAAAAUAAAAAACAGAAAUACCUUAUUUAUAUAAGUAUUCAGACCCUUUGCUAUUAGACUCGAAAUUGAGCUCAGGCGCAUCCUGUUUCCAUUGAUCAUCCUUGAUGUUUCUUCAACUAGGAGUCCACCUUUGGUAAAUUUAAUUCAUUGGGCAUGAUUUGGAAAGGCACACACCCGUCUAUAUAAGGUCCCACAGUUGACAGUGCAUGUCAGAGCAAAAACCAAGCCAUGAGGUCGAAGGAAUUGUCCGUAGAGCUCUGAGACAGGAUUGUGUCGAGGCACAGAUCUGGGGAAGGGUACCAACACAUUUCUGCCGUAUUGAAGGUCCCCAAGAACACAGUGGCCUCCAUCAUUCUUAAAUGGAAGAAGUUUGGAACCACCUAGACUUCCUAGAGCUGGCCGCCCGGCCAAACUGAGUAAUCGGGGGAGAAGGGCCUUGGUCAGGGAGGUGAACCCGAUGGUCACUCUGACAGAGCUCCAGAGUUCCUUUGUGGAGAUGGGAGAACCUUCCAGAAGGACAACCAUCUCUGCAGUACUCCACCAAUCAGGCCUUUAUGGUAGAGUGGCCAGACGGAAGCCACUCCUCAGUAAAAGGCACAUGACAGCCCGCUUGGAGUUUGCCAAAAGGCACUUAAAGGACUCUCAAACCAUGAGAAACAAGAUUCUCUGGUCUGAUGAAACCACAAUUGAACUCUUUGGCCUGAAUGCCAAGCGUCACAUCUGGAGGAAACCUGGCACCAUCUCUACAGUGAAGCAUGGUGGUGGCAGCAUCAUGCUGUGGGGAUGUUUUUCAGCGGCAGGGACUGGAAGACUAGUCCGGAUCAGGGGAAAGAUGAACAGAGCAAACUACAGAGAGAGCCUUGAUGAAAACCUGCUCCAGAACGCUCAGGACCUCAGACUGGGUAAAAGGUUCAACUUCCAACAGGACAACGACCCUAAGCACACAGCCAUGACAACGCAGGAGUGGCUUCGGGACAAGCCUCUGAAUGUCCUUUAGUGGCCCAGCCAGAGCACGGACUUGAACCCGAUCGAACAUCUCUGGAGAGACCUGAAAAUAGCUGUGCAGCAACGCUCCCCAUCCAACCUGACAGAGCGUGAGCAGAUCUGUAGAGAUGAAUGGGAGAAACUCCCCAAAUACAAGUGUGCCAAGCUUCAUACCCAAGAAGAUUGGAGGCUGUAAUCGCUGCUAAAGUUUUAUUUUAUUAUUUAUUUUAUUUUAUUUACCCUUUAUUUAACCAGGUAAGCCAGUUGAGAACAAGUUCUCAUUUACAACUGCGACCUGGCCAAGAUAAAGCAAAGCAGUGCGAUAAAAAACAACAACAACAGAGUUACAUAUGGGAUAAACAAAACGUACAGUCAAAAACACAGUAGAAAAUCUAUAUACAGUGUGUGCAAAUGUAGUAAGUUAUGGAGGUAAGGAAAUAAAUAGGCCAUAGUGCAAAAUAAUUACAAUUUAGUAUUAACACUGGAAUGAUAGAUGUGCAGAAGAUGAUGUGCAAAUAGAGAUACUGGGGUGCAAAUGAGCAAAAUAAAUAACAAUAUGGGGAUGAGGUAGUUGGGUGGGCUAAUUACAGAUGGGCUGUGUACAAGUGCAGUGAUCGGUAAGCUGCUCUGACAACUGAUGCUUAAAGUUAGUGAGGGAGAUAAGAUUCUCCAGCUUCAGAGAUUUUUGCAGUUCGUUGCAGUCAUUGGCAGUAGAGAACUGGAAGGAAUGGCGGCCAAAGGAGGUGUUGGCUUUUGGGAUGACCAGUGAGAUAUACUUGCUGGAGCGCAUACUACGGGUGGGUGUUGCUAUGGUGACCAAUGAGCUAAGAUAAGGCGGGGAUUUGCCUAGCAGUGAUUUAUAGAUGACCUGGAGCCAGUGGGUUUGGCGACGAAUAUGUAGUGAGGGCCAGCCAUCGAGAGCGUACAGGUCACAGUGGUGGGUAGUAUAUGGGUCUUUGGUGACAAAACGGAUGGCACUGUGAUAGACUACAUCCAAUUUGCUGAGUAGAGUGUUGGAGGCUAUUUUGUAAAUGACAUCGCCGAAGUCAAGGAUUGGUAGGAUAGUCAGUUUUACGAGGGCAUGUUUGGCAGCAUUAGUGAAGGAGGCUUUGUUGCGAAAUAGGAAGCCGAUUCUAGAUUUAAUUUUGGAUUGGAGAUGCUUAAUGUGAGUUUACGGUCUAACCAGACACCUAGGUAUUUGUAGUUGUCCACAUAUUCUAAGUCAGACCCGCCGAGAGUAGUGAUUCUAGUCGGGUGGGUGGGUGCAAGCAGCGUUCGAUUGAAGAGCAUGCAUUUAGUUUUACUAGUGUUUAAGAGCAGUUGGAGGCCACGGAAGGAGUGUUGUAUGGCAUUGAAGCUCAUUUGGAGGUUUGUUAACACAGUGUCCAAUGAAGGGCCAGAUGUAUACAAAAUGGUGUUGUCUGCGUAGAGGUGGAUCUGAGAGUCACCAGCAGCAAGAGCGACAUCAUGGAUAUACAGAGAGAAUAGAGUCUGCCCGAGAAUUGAACCCUGUGGCACCCCCAUAGAGACUGCCAGAGGUCCAGACAGGUGCUUCAACAAAGUACUUAUUAAAGGGUCUGAAUACUUAUGUCAAUUUGAUUUUUCAGUUUUAUACAUUUGCAAACAUUUCUAGAAACCUGUUUUUGCUUUGUCAUUAUGUGUUAUUGUGUGUAGAUUGAAGAGGGGAAAAAAACAAUGUAAUCCAUUUUAGAAUAAGGCUGUAACGUAACAAAAUGUGGAAAAAGUCAAGGGGUCUGAAUACUUUCCGAAUGCACCGUAGCUUUGUAGCUAAAACCAUUUGGACUCUACAGACGUUUUUGUAAAAAGACCCAGCCCCGGGCCCCUUCGGGAUCCACCCUGGUCUCACAAACACCACUCUAGCUCAGCCCCCGUCACACAGACUGAUAAUGGUUGGUAUCUACAGAUGCAAAAUAAAUAGACGAAUGCAAUGGCACACCCCAUGUAGCUCAAAGACAUGAUGUUUAAAGGAGGUUAGUAGUCCAAUACGAGCCAGUGUUACAGUGGGACUCAUUGGGUUAAAGGGUUGGUAGCAUAAACUUAAAGUUAAAUCGCUCCGCCAUUUCCUGGUUGCUAAAAUUCUAAUAGUUUGCCUAAUUUCAGUUUGUGACAAAACAAGCAAUCAUUGUACCAUCUAAACCGCUGUUAAAUAUAUUUUAUAUAACCACAAAUAUUGUAUUUUCAGCUGUUUGAAGCUGGUGUACAAAACCAAAAGUAAAAGAUACGAAACUUAAGAACGGGAAGCAUAGAAAUAGCACACAUACGACAGAUCUUCUGCUUCUGAGACUUGCUUUCAAUGAUAAUGACAUUUGGUCGGGUUGCAUCAAAAAAUGACAUAUUGCAGAUUUAACUACAUGUAACAUAUGGAUUUGCAUUAGUACAUACAUCAAAAGUCCAUAUGCAAAGUUACACGUCACUUUUCUAUUUUUCAAGUUAUUAUAUUAAACUCCAGAAAUUCCAAAGAAUGCCGAAGUCAUAUCGGAAAAUGUUUUUCCGGGGUGUGAUAUGGAGGACCCGGCAUGCCAGAUCAUUUCCUAUAAUGUAAACUCCAACAGAAAUAGCUUCAAAUGUAUAACUUCAAAUUUUACCAAAUCAUUUGCACUCAUGACUACUGGUUUCAAUUUAAUUUUCAACCAAUUUACAAGCAAAUAAUUUAUGAAUGUACACUACCGGUCAAAAGUUUUAGAACACCUAGUCAUUCAAGGGUUUUUCUUUAUUUUUACUAUUUUCUACAUUGUGGAGUGAUAGUGAAGACAUCAAAACUAUGAAAUGACACAUAUGGAAUCAUGUAGUAACCAAAAAGUGUUAAACAAAUCAAAAUAUAUUUUAUAUUUGAGAUUCUUCAAAUAGCCACCCUUGAUGACAGCUUUGCACGCUCUUGGCUUUCUCUCAACCAGCUUCACCUGGAAUGCUUUUCCAACAGUCUUGAAGGGUUUCCCACAUAUGCUGAGCACUUGUUGGCUGCUUUUCCUUCUCUCUGUGGUCUGACUCAUCCCAAACCAUCUCAAUUUGGUUGAGGUCGGGGGAUUGUGGAGGCCAGGUCAUCUGAUGCAGCACUCCAUCACUCUCCUUCUUGGUAAAAUAGCCCUUACACAGCCUGGAGGUGUGUUGGGUCAUUGUCCUGUUGAAAAUCAAAUGAUAGUCCCACUAAGACCAAACCAGAAGGGAUGGUGUAUCGCUGCAGAAUGCUGUGGUAGCCAUGCUGGUUAAGUGUGCCUUGAAUUCUAAAUAAAUCACUGACAGUGUCACCAGCAAAGCACCCCCACACCAUAACACCUCCUCCUCCAUCCUUUACGGUGGGAAAUACACAUGCGGAGAUCAUCCGUUCACCCACACCGGUUGGAACCAAAAAUCUCAAAUUUGGACUCCAGACCAAACGACAAAUUUCCACCGGUCUAAUGUCCAUUGCUCGUGUUUCUUGGCCCAAGCAAGUCUCUUCUUCUUAUUGGUGUCCUUUAGUAAUGGUUUCUUUGCAGCAAUUCGACCAUGAACACAGUCUCCUCUGAACAGUUGAUGUUGAGAUGUGUCUGUUACUUUAACUCUGAAGCAUUUAUUUGGGCUGCAAUUUCUGAGGCUGGUAACACUAAUGAUCUUAUUCUCUGCAGCAGAGGUAACUCUGGGUCUUCCAUUCCUGUAGCGGACUUCAUGAGAGCCAGUUUCAUCAUAGCGCUUGAUGGUUUUUGCAGCUGCACUUGAAGAAACUUUAAAAGUUCUUGAAAUGUUCCGUAUUGACUGACCUUCAUGUCUUAAAGUAAUGAUGGACUGUCGUUUCUCUUUGCUUAUUUGAGCUGUUCUUGCCAUAAUAUGGACUUGGUCUUUUACCAAAUAGGGCUAUCUUCUGUAUACCACCCCUACCUUGUCACAACACAACUGAUUGGCUCAAACACAUUAAGAAGGAAAGAAAUUCCACGAAUUAACUUUUAACAAGGCACACCUUUUAAUUGAAAUGCAUUCCAGGUGACUACCUCAUGAAGCUGGUUGAGAGAAUGCCAAGAGUGUGCAAAACUGUCAUCAAGGCAAAGGUUGGCUACUUUGAAGAAUCUCAAAUAUAAAAACUUUUUUGGUUACUACAUGAUUCCAUAUAUGUUAUUUCAUAGUUUUGAUGUCUUCACUAUUAUUCUACAAUGUAGAAAUUUGUAAAAAUAAAGAACAACCCUUGAAUGAGUAGGUGUUCUAAAACUUUGGACCGGUAGUGUAUUGUUACAAAUCAACUUGCAAGCCAACUAUCCUGCCAACGUUAGCCCUACCAGCCUGCUAACGUUAGCCCUACCGUGACGUUAGCACUGCAUGAGUCUGCCAGUUGCUAUCAACACCUAGCUUACAGCAACAUUAAAGUAAACCAACGUUUUGGAAAUCCAUAAUGCCAUCUAACCAGUUAUCAAAGAAUGUUAUCAAAGAAUGUUAGCUCUAUGCAGUUAUAUUACCCAGCAAGCUAGCGUUAGCUAUUUAGCCAACUAGCUAUUAGCCGAGCCAGCCUAGCCAACCACCACGGUUAUGGUAGGCAAGCCAGAGGCCAACAACUGGAGACCAGCAAGAACACAACUAACAACACAACUAAAACAUAACCGCAGAUCAACAGCAAAGAGAGAGAAGAGACUUACUGAUUGAUGGCUGGGGCCAAUCCGAUGGUAAAACUUUUAAAAGAGUGCAGGCUGAGUUAGCUACCUAAGCGAGGGGCAGGCGGGCGCUUCACUGGGCAAAGGGAGAGUCAGUGAGGGAAAUCCAAUGGCUAAGAAAAAUCCAAAAUAGAUGGAUUCCAGAUGUCAGCUAGUGCGCUAGCACUAAGCCAAGGUGGGAAAAGUUAACAAAACAAAAGGAGUACAAACAAGGUACUAUACAAUUAGAGCAAGCAGGAAUGAUUUUCUCUUUCGUUUUGAGCCCACGGCAAGAAGGCAGUAGAGCCUGCAGUGCUAACGGGUUCCCACUAGAUAACACAGCCACAAGGUCAGGGAAGAGCAUAUGGAUGCUAACAUUAGCCAGCUUGAGCUAGCUAACGAGCUAACAUACGAACUCGGUAGCACAGAGUAGAUUCUCCAUAUGACAUUGAGAAAUAGUGCAUUGUGGGUAGUUUAGAAGAUAUCCAGAAAUAAGUUGAUAAAUAAGUAAUAACCCAAAAACAUAACAAUGUUUGUAGUUAUAGUUUACCAGAUCGUAACUACAACUAAGUUACUAAGUCUUUGACCACACUGUGUUGUUACUUUGGUGAGUAAAAACUCAAGCUUCCUACCCUUUAAUGAGAAUGUGUUCCAAGUCCACUUCUCUGAUAGAAUACUGCUGAUGUAGCCAGUGACUGGAGAAGAAAGAUAAGUGUGUCGUGUUUUGACGUUGUGUUUGUGGUAUGUGUGUGUGUCUCAGGGGGAGGAUGAGACGGCUUUGCGGCAGUGUUAUGAAGGAGUACAGAGAGACAGCGAAGUGAUACAUGUCAGAGACACAGUGCUGCUGCGCUCCGGUCCGAGGAAGAAGUCCCUGCCCUACGUCGCCAAAAUAUCGGCGCUCUGGGAGGACCCCAAAUCUGGUGAGAGAGAGAUAGCAGGAUGUCUGAACCUGUUGUUGGGGUAUAAUAGAUGGCUGUGUGUGUGUCCCAGCUAGCACAUAACGUUCUGAGAACCAUAUGUUUCUUAGAGGUUGGUGAGUGCUUGGUUGUCCUAUGGUUAUUUUGCAUAUAACCUUCCUGCAACUUUCUGGGAAUGGUGCAGGAUAGUUGCUUGGCUUUGGAACAUUCUCAGCACAUUUAAGGAACUUUGCCCCCCAAAAAUAUAUAUAUAUUGGUAUUUCAUUACUUUAACAGAACGUUUCCUAAAAGUUCAAACAUGGUUACAUUUAAUUUCAAUUUUGGUAAUGUUCUAGGAACGUUCUCCAACUGGUUUGGCAUUGGGAAUGUUCUCAUAGUUAAGUUAAAACGUUAAGAAACAAUGUUCUUCUGUGGGAAUAUCAGUACUUCAGCAUAAUGUUUCCUACAGGUUUCCUCGUGGUUGGUUGUAUUUAAGGUCAUGUUCUCAAGUUGUUCUGAGAACAUUAAGAAAACGUUCCAUAAAAACAACAAGAAAACUUUAGUAACGUUGUGAGAAUGUUCUAAAAAUGUUAUUUAAAAACAUAUACAUUCCAUUCUCAGUAUCAACAAAACUCUCUAUCUUGUUAAGUGUUCUCAGGUUUGUUGGCCGUGCCCACUAAUUGGCCACACCUGAUCUUAAUGAGUGCUUGUUUCCUUUGAAAUUGGGUCUGUUUGAAUAGACUAAUAUGAACAGCUUUGUAUGUGUAAAAAAAACAUGGCAUGUUAGCUCCAUCCUGGUGGCAUAGUGGACUAAUUCCAUGGAUGGAGAACAGAAGAUUAUAGGUUUGAAUCUCACUGAUGCCUUGUCACAAUAAAACGUGUUUGUAUGAUUAAUGCCUAAGGAAAUUAAUUUCCAUGUGUCCUAUCUGUGCUUGGCGUUGAAAAUGUUUAACGCAAAAUAAGCUAGCAGUGUUAUUAAAAGUCUUAUUGAAACAUUCAGUGAAAGUUUUAACGAAGUCGUUCAAAAACCUCCAAAUAACCUUUAAUAAAACCUCCCAGGAAAACUUUCAAGGAACCAGAGUAAAAGUUUCUGGGGUGUGUGUGUUUGUGGUUGUUGUAGGCUGUGAAUGGUUGUUUGUGUCUGCUGGCUGUGGUGUUAUUUGAGGACCAUUGUUUGUCUGAAAUGCUGCUUAUGUCUGGCUGGUGAGAGACUGCUCGUAUUUGUGUGUGUGUGCUGUUGGUUGGCAAAGCUGUACCUUUAUUCCUCUGUGGUUGUCUCUGUGUGUGUGUGUGUGUGUGUGUGGUGCGUGCGUGCGCGCCUGUGUGUUUAUGCGCGCCUGUGUGUUUUGACCGCGUGUGUGUGUGUGUCUCCUCUGCUCAGGAGAGCUGAUGAUGAGCCUGUUCUGGUACUAUCGACCUGAACACACACAGGGAGGCCGAGACUCCAGCAUGCACUGUGAGGUGAGGACAACUCUCUGACUCCACGAUAGGACAACUCAACUCAACUAUGGCUCAAUCUUAGAAGUCUAAAGAGGCGUCUCCUCAUCUCCUUUGCUUCAUCGCAGUAGUCUGAAGUGGCUUCCUCUCUUCAAUCUCAUCUCCUUACCUUUGAUUGUGUGGUGAUUUGAUAAUUCUAUGUCUGUUUCUCACCAUUCAGAAAGAGAUUUUUGCCUCUCGGCAUCAAGACGAGAACAGUGUGGCCUGCAUCGAAGAGAGAUGCUAUGUUCUCCCACUAGCACAAUACUGUAGGUAAGAAACCACACAAACACACACUGAGAGAGACCAUGUAUCCAUAAUUAACACUGUAGGUGAAACUCCUCGCCGUUUGCUGUUAGCUUUAGUCCAAUGCAGAGGGUAAGAUGUCUCUCAAUUAGCACCACUUGCUAUCUAGGCAUUCUUUAGCAGGUAAUAUCACAUCACUGACACUAGAAGUGCUCUAAGGGAGAGGCACCUCACUGUAGCAUGGUCAAUUGACUAGAGGUAUAAAGUAAAGGAAAAAAGAGAAGAAAAAAUGAAGAUUCAAAACUCACUUUAAUUUUCCAUCUAUAGAUUUUGUGCCUUAGUGAAGCGGCGUGCGGAGGGUGCGCCACCUGGCUCUGCCAGAGUGGUCCCCUGCCCCUCGGACUUCGACCCCCCCAACCACCGCCAGGUUCCCGCCAACACCGACCCUGAACUGGUGUACCUCUGCCGCCACGUCUACGACUUCCGCUACGGACGCAUCCUCAAGAACCUGCAGUAG